GGCGCCACCGUCCAGCUGCAGUCGCCAGUGCAGUGAUAAAUUCAGACAAUUCGUGCCGUGUGCAUACGACGUGAGAAAACAAUUCCGUCAAGCGUGUGAUUCUCGUCUCCGAUAGUUUUCCCAAUAAUUUGAACCCUCCCAAGGGUUCAAGUGCGGAGUGAAUAAAUCUCCAAUUCAACAAGAGACGAGUGUUUAAUUUGGCUUCACGACACCCCAAAGUGGUGACCACCCGACGUUCUCAACAUGCAGAACAACAUUGACUUGGGGCAAGACAAGACGGAGGACGAGCUCGCUGCGGCCGAACAACUAAUUCGAAUGGUCCAGUCAGCUGCAAACCUGGUCAACAACCAGGGGACUAGCGCUGCUAGUUCCUCUCGUCGCUCCUGGGACUUUCCUGUGCCACCCUUCAACGGAACCCGCCUGGACACAUACUUCGCCAUGCUCGAGCGACGCUUCGCCAGCUUCGGGAUCCAGGACGAGGACACCAAGUACAUGGUACUUUGUGAUGCCGUAUUCAAUUACGACAAGCUACCUGAGUCAGUCAACAAAUGGAUUAUCACGCAGCCAACCAAUGCACCAUACACAACUCUCAAACAGUCCAUCAUGGAGUCGCUGAAGCCCUCCAACUACACAGUCAUCAAGGCUAAGAUGCUGACCGAGGUCUGGGACACCAACAUGCUCCCAUCCGAGUUCUUACAGCGUCUCCGUACUCAUGCUGACGAGGAGACGGCUAAGAGCAGCAUCUACCUGGCUGACCUCGCCAAUGUGUGGCUUUGUGCGCUGCCCAAAGCCUGGCAGCCGAGCCUGGCUAGUGUGGCGGCUGGCGACAUUGAUGUAGCCGCUAAGACUGCAGAUAAUAUUCAUCGCUUUUCAAGUAUGGAUGCUGCUAAGUCUCCUGGCUCUCAACCACCAGGCAUUUUCGCUACCGCCGCCCAGCCCAACACACCUGAGGUCUCUGCUGUCAGUAACAAUGCUGGAAAAAUUGACCCAUCUGUUGCCGCGCUCAUCGAGGUCGUCAACAAGCUGAUGGCAAGACUCGACUCAGACCAUCAAGGCAGGCAACAAUUCAGAGGAAAUAGCCGAGGACGUGGAUACGGUCGUGGCCGAGGCCGACCACGCAGCCGAUCACCAGCCGAGCUGAUGCAUGAGCCUGACCUCUGCAUCUACCAUCAUAAAUACACCAUGGAAGCCCGCCGCUGUGUUCCUGCCUGUAAGUACCAUAAACAGUUUUUGGCCGUGCAGAAGAUGGCGGAGGAAGAAGGCAAGCCGGAAAACGCCCCCGGGGAGGGCAAGUAGAGGCGAUUGCCCAGCCCCCCAAACCAACCAAG